AAAACGCAUAAAAAGGAAUUUUACACGGUUCAGUUAAAGUAAAAAAAAAAUCCCCAAAAAAAAAAUAAUAAUAUUAGCUGGCUGUUGAUACAUAUUUCUAUGCUGCAACUCAAGAAGAAAACUUAAAUAAACCAGAAAAAAAGUUUAAUCAUUUUAAAUACCAAAAUCAACGACUUGUUCAUACUUCUUAUGUUAGAUUAAAGCUUGGCGUAUAUAAAAAGAAAAAAAAUUAUCGAUUACGUGUUUUAUAGCUGAAAAACAACAACAACAACAUUAAGAACAAACUACCAAGCAAAAUAAUUCUAGAUUGUACAUUAUUCAUUGAACUGACAAGAUAUUACAAUAAACCUGCUAAGCUCCCAAGAGAAUUCAACUUAGGAAAUCUCAGAGAGUAGGAGGCAGCAGCAGCAGCAGGAGAAGCAGCGCAGCUAAAACUCUGUUCUACUCUUGAGGCAAAUAAGAGUGAUUAAUUGAGAGUUAAAUAUAAAAGGCGCACAGAGAGGCAGAGAGAGAGAGAUAGAUGAGCAUAACUACGGUUGUUAUAGCAGUUAACAGUGACAUGCAAUAGCAAAAACAUUGAAACAGCGGCAGCAACAAACAACUACAACAACAACAAAAACGGAAUUAGUACUUUAAAGUGUCAAGAUAAAAAACAUGUGAGCGAAUAUAAGAGCAAAGAAAGGAAAUGAACAAAAACAAAUCGAAAUUGAUAAUAACAAAUAUAAUAUUGAAUUGAAUUGAAUAAAUAUAACUGUGUGUCUGGCUGUUGGUGUAAGAGUGUAAGUGUAAAUGUUCGCCGAGUGUGAUACUUUGCAGUAGUAGCGGCAGAAGCACUAAAGCCCAAGAACAACAACAUUACGAAGCCACAGCAAUAGCAAUAGCCGCAGCACGACAGCACUCGACUAUAAUACAAAAUAACACAGCAAAGAAGUUUUAGCACUGAAACCCUUUUAAUCAUUUUCAAAUAAAAUGUGGACGCAUGAACAUCGCAAGUAGCGUAAAAUAAUAAUAAAAACGUCGUGAGCGCCAACGAACGAAAUAGGAAAAUCCCUGUGCUCGAGAAGGCAACGCCGCGAAAUGUGAAGUGAAUCAAAAAUUAAAUAAGAAGUGUCCCAAGCAAAGCAAAGGAAAUUGAAAAUAUAUAGAAAUCUUAGAAAGCAAAAAAGAAAAAAGUAAAGCACAACAGCAACAACAAGCCAAAAAACAAAAAAUAUAUACACAUACAAAAAUACCAUAUCGCCUAUAUAAGUGAAUGAAAAUAAAAAUUUUAAGGUGUCUGUUUUUACAUCAUAAAUAAAUAAAAGAUAAAACAAACUAAACUGCAAGUGAAAAUAUUUGCUCCACAUAAAGUCCAUAGUAAGAAGAAGAGCAGAGAAGGAAACACCCCAUAAUUCUAUCUCCUCACAAAGUACAAACCCCCCCAGGCCAGCCAGCAACAACAUGGGUGGAAUGCAGUGAAACUUAAUAUUGUGACCCCUGGUGUUCGUUUUUUCAACCCUUCCCUAUUGGUUGCCUAAGCAGCACACACACACCUGAGCUCACACCAACCAAUUUUGGAUUUCUCACAACUGUUACUCUUCCUUGUAACUUUAAACAUUUUUUUUGGAAGCCCAAACCCAACGCUUAACGCCGUCCAAGCUUCCUUUAACGAGCAAAAGCACCAUAUCCUCAAAACUAUCCCUUCUACUAAGCUUUAAAAACAAAAACCAUGACAGACAAUGCUUCAUCGCCCCAAACUGGGGCUGCCCCCCGCCUGCGUAAAUUCGACCGCACCGACAGCGAAUUGGCCUGUGAAGAAGCGGCCCGCCUUACCGCCGAUAUGCAUGAAGCGGGAGCUGCAGGCAGUCCCGCCGAAGAUGAUGAUGAAUACAGUGAAUGCAAUGAGUUGCCUCCACCGCCGGACGGUGGCUAUGGUUGGGUCAUUUGCUUCGCCUCCUUCAUGUGCAACAUGGUGGUGGAUGGCAUAGCCUACACAUUUGGUAUAUUCCUAGGUGAAUUUGUGGAUUAUUUUGGCGAAACCAAGGGCAAAGUGGCCUGGGUGGGCAGUCUGCUGAGUGGUGUUUAUUUAGCCGCUGGUCCAAUAGUCUCCGCCCUGGCAAACAAAUUCGGUUGUCGAACGGUUUGCAUAGCGGGUAGUGUCAUCGGCUGUGCGGCCUUUGCCCUGAGUACCCUAAGCACAUCGGUGGACAUGCUGAUGAUGCUGUAUGGUGUGGUUGGUGGUUUUGGCUUCGGCAUGAUCUACCUGCCAGCCGUAGUGGCUGUGGGCUAUUACUUUGAAACUAAGCGUUCCCUGGCCACUGGUAUUGCUGUGUGUGGCUCAGGUUUCGGUACCUUUGCCUUUGCGCCUUUGGCCACCUAUCUAUUGGCCCAUUACGGCUGGAAAAACUCACUGCUUAUCUUCUCCGCCAUGAUUCUGGGCUGUGGUGUGUUCGGUGCCCUAAUGAAGCCCCUGAAAUACCCCAAGAAGAAGAAGGUCAAGCCUUUAAUGCAACGCAUGUACGAGGAGAAACAAUUGCAAUUGGAAAGAGGUUCGUUUGCAGGCUCGUUUAUGGUGCAAUUGCCCGAUGGCACCAUGGAGCGUAAAAUGAAAAUGCCUUUGAAUGCUGAUCCUGGAGUGCACUCUUCGCUCAACUUGGAAUUAUUGGCUCAACAGGCCUCGGCCAGUGGCGGUCUACAACCUGUCUCAACUCUACCCACCAUUACAGAGGCCAAGGUGGCCGAUCUGAAGAAUGGCCAACAAAGUCCCCCCAACACCAAAGACAACAGCAAUGGCCAGUUAGAUGUUAAGCCCAAGCGCACUCAACGCCUUUCGGAAUCGAGCACCAGUCCCUACAAUUCAUCCGAUUACAUGACACGCAAUGCCUCACAACCAGCGUUUUUAAUGGAACAUCAAAGUCUUCCCAAAAAUGGUUCAGUGCCGUCCUUUCAAAGGUCCCGCAAGACCUCAGCCUCAGAGAAAUUUCAGCCAUCCUUGGCCGCUAUACGUGCCUCAUCUCGUGCCGAUUUAGAAUCGGGCAUGACGGGAUCCAAAAUGUCGCUGUCUCGUGGUGAGGGUGCUGGCAAAAUGGUGCGCCCCAUGUCCCGCAAGGAUAUCUUCUAUUCAGGCUCGGUGACCAAUCUGCCUCAAUACCAAUCGCAAAAAUCCCUUACCAAUUAUCGCCAGUCGGUGGUGUCGCUAACAAAAUACGAAAAGAGCAUGCAGAGUGUCAACAGGCUGGAAGAGACCGACCGCAAUCGCGAACAAUACGAUUUGUGUCCCUGCCUGGGCAUACCCGAUUCGGUGAAAUCGGUUAUCAACAAUAUGUUGGACGUCAGUCUGCUCAAGGAUCCCGUCUUCAUGAUGAUCGGUGUCUCGAAUAUCUUUGGCAUGGCCGGUCUGUAUGUACCCUUUGUCUAUUUGGUGGAUGCCACCAAAGCCCAAGGCAUUGAUCCCGACUCGGCUGGCUUCCUCAUUUCAAUUAUUGGCAUUACCAACACAUUUGGCCGUAUUGUUUGUGGCUAUGUGGCUGAUUUUCCCCAAGUGAAUUCGCUGUUCCUCAACAACAUCUGCCUAUUGGUGUGCACAGCAUCUGUGGUAUUGACACCAUUAUGUGCCUCGUAUGGAGCCUAUGUCACCAUGUCCAUAUUCUUUGGCCUUGCUGUAUCGGGCUAUAUCUCAUUGACGUCAAUUAUACUGGUCGAUUUGCUGGGUUUGGAUAAGUUAACCAAUGCCUUCGGUUUGUUGAUUUUGUUCAGGGGUUUUGCCGCCAUCAUUGGCUCGCCUUUGGCCGGAGCGGUUUACGAUGCCACUCAAACCUAUGAUCUGCCCUUCUACAUGGCUGGUGGAUUGUUUGCGGUGUCCACCAUAACCAGCUUCUUGGCGCCCUGCUUGAAGAAGUGUUCCAAGGCCCAAGAUUCACCAGCGCAAAUUGAAGCACUCACACCCAUUGAUGAGCAUGAAGAGGAUGAGGAGGAUCAACCCAUAACAAUAGUACCAAAAAUCAUCAAAACUCUGCCCAGUCCACAGCAGACAGGUGAUAAAGCCCCCAAAUUUCCCAAUGCCGAGUCCAAAUUAUAAGAUUUUAUCUAUUGAGGAUGAAUUACUACCAAUUAAGUUGAAUAAGCAAAACUGGCGAUAGAGAAAACACAGGACAGAGGCAACACAAUGAUGAUGAGAGAGAGAAAGAGAAAGAGAGAGAGCAUGACAUGGGAGCAUAUUUGUAUCAGGUCUUAAGCACUAUGUAGCAUGUAUCUAUGUAUGUAUUGUAUGUAAAUGAAAACCAAGAGUAUCCAAAGAGAGCUUAAUUAAGUAACUAUACUCCUACUUCUCCCCAGACUUCUUGUCCACCUCAGAUGAUCAGUUAUAAGUAACUGCUGUUUUUUGUUGUAAAAUUUUCUCUGAGAAAAAAAGACACUUUUUAAAUUAUUUUCUAUACAUGAAAAAAAGAGAAGAAUAAGGCGAUAAACACACACACUAUACAUUUUAUAUUUAUAGCUAAACUUUGAAACUAAGCUUACAAAUUUUAAGAAGGAAAACAGCCUGUAACUUAAACUAAAGUAAACCCAGAGUUUACCCGAAAAAAAUAUAAGAGGAGAGAAUUUUAAAACCCCCUCCAAAUCCAAAAACAAGAGCGAAGCACACAAAUAAAAUUUUAACGCAGCAAAAAAGCGCCAAAUAGCAUAAUAGACAGUUAUUCAAUAUGCAAGAGACCUCCGCCGUCUCUUUCUCUCAGUAAUAUUAUCAAAAAAAAUUGUUUUAAAUUUUAGAAAGUUAUUGGAAAAAAAUACAACUGAGAUUUCUUUUGUUAUAUCAUGUCUUGUUUAAAGCCAUUAACAUGAAAACAUACAUGAGCAUUGUAAAUAUAGUUGACACUUAAGCUUCAUCUCCAUAAUGGAGAGAGUGAGAGAGAGAGAGAAAGAAAGUUUCAAGCCAGAGUUAGAGCAUGUGUGAGUAAGCCAACAUAUACUCCUUCCACUCUGCUCCCACAACUCAACAAAACCAAAAAAAGAGCGCCACAUAACAAACUCAAAACAAGAAAAAGAGAAUAAUAUUAUACAAAAUAAAAAUAAAACAAAUUGUUUUAACCAUUAUAUAUUAAAAAUAACAAAUUUAGUUAUAAAACGAAGAAAAACUAAAACCCAAAAACUGUGAAUUCUUUACAAAAAUUCCAGUUAAACUAUUGUCUAAAAAAGAAAACGAAAGAAACAUAUGUUUCGUUUUUUUUUGUUUAAGUAAUUAUUUUUUUGUUUUUGUUUUAAAAACGAAUUGAAUGUGAUGUGAAACUAUAAAUGGAAACAACAACAAAAUGUAUUGUAUUGUAAAGUAUUGUUAUUAUUAUUUUUUAGUUUUAUUUUUAAAAUAAAAAAAGGAAACCAAGAACUUCAAACACAAAAACAAAAAUAAAAUGUAUACUUAACAAACCAAAAAAAAGAAAGAAUAUAUAAACGAAAUUUUCCAAACUGAUGUACAAUUAUUCAUUGAUGAAUGAUCAUCAGCAGAGAGAAAAAAACUAAUCAAGGCUUAAAUUGUUAGACAGUUAUGCUAACCUAUUCAAUUAAUAAAAAACAAAGCAAGUUUUAAUUAAAAAUUAUAAAAAAAAGGAAAAGAGAUAAGCUUAAAUCCCAAAGAAAAAGCAAAGAACAAAAUAUGGUAUUUGCAUGUUUCAAAAACACCUGAAAACUGAACAUUUUUAAACAAUCCUUAUAGCAUUCCCCCGCCCCACUUUCCCUGUUGCCCUGUAUUAUUUCUCUCUGCCUCAGCUACCCCUUCUAUAUCCUUUUAGAUUUUCGAUUUUUUUUUUUUUUUGUUUUAUCUGUCCUUUUUCAGUUUCAAAUUUAAGAAACCUUAGGAUUGCAAAUUUCGAAAUGUGUCCAUAGUUAAGCGAAAGAAUUACAAAACAAUCGAUGUAAAAAAUGAUUGUUGUUAACAUUGAUUAAGAAGGCUAAGUGAUUAAAAAAAAUAACUACAAAAAUUAAAAAAAAAA